UCAAGGGAGAAAGAACCAAAGAAAAUCCAAAUCAUCUUUGGAUCUCUUUAUAUUUUUCACAGAUUUGUGACAUUUAAAUUGAUCAUGAAACUUGGGGAAUUCCGUUUGUGAAAUUUAAUGUCGAAAUGUUCAUUAUUUCUCUGUUUUUGAAUGACAUACAAUGAGACCCUUUCCAUGCGAUAAAACAAGCAGACACGUACACACACUGCCAUUACUGGACUGGAAGUGGAAACUCACUGUUUAGUGUUGUGAUGCGUUGACAACAUGACACGCUAUUCACAGGAGCCGGACAACGCCACGAAGUCAUGCAAGGCGCGUGGCUCCUAUCUUCGAGUGCAUUUUAAGAACACUCGGGAGACAGCCGCUGUCAUCAAGCACAUGCACCUGCGGAAGGCAGUGCGCUUCCUGAACGACGUCACCAAGAAGAAGCAGUGUGUUCCCUACAGGAGGUUCAAUGGUGGAGUCGGUCGCAAGGCUCAGGCCAAGGCAUGGAACACCACACAAGGUCGCUGGCCCAAGAAAAGCGCCGAGUUCAUGCUGCAGCUGCUCAAGAACGCAGAGAGCAACGCUGAACUCAAGGGUCUAGACGCAGACUCCUUGGUGAUUGACCACAUCCAGGUCAACGCUGCCCCUAAGAUGAGACGUAGGACCUACCGUGCUCACGGCCGCAUCAACCCUUACAUGAGUUCCCCCUGCCACAUCGAGGUCAUCCUGUCCGAGAGGGAGCAGGUCGUGCCCAAACCCGACGAGGCGGAGAAGAAGACAAAGAAAGUGUCCAAGAAGAAGAUGGCUCGCCAGAAGAUGAUGGGUCGGGAAUAGACCCAGGAAACAGAGAACGGAACGAGUCUGAAUAUAAAACAACUUUGGGAAACACUCGCAAAGGGGGGUUGCUUUCAUAAAAAAAAAAGGAUGAUGAGUGGUGUUAAUAAAGAUCAGAAACUAUAAAAGUACAGACAAUGAA